CCUCGCUGCUGUGACACUGCACGGCCCGCCUGGCUGGUACCUAGGAGGUGCUGGCUUCUGAGCCUCUCGGACGCCUAUGCUGCGGGAGUCUCCUGGGGAAGAUCGAGGAGGCGCGCUCUCUCUGGAUGCUAAACUACUGGUGGACUGAAGAAGAGAAGAGCCCCGUCUUCUCCUGAUGUGUGAGUACCCCCAGCCAGAGCUUUCUUUGCCCUCUCAUUCUGUCCCCUCCACCAGCUCCCUGACUCUUAAUUUUUCCACUCCUUUUAUUUUUUUUGUGCAGUUUAAAAAAAAAAAGUAAAGCAAUUUCUCCUGCGAGCCCAAGACAGGCAAUCCACUUGAGAUUUCUUCAAAAUACCCCCAAGGGAGGAGGAGAUGGGCCGGAUUUAGUAGGACAACUCGAUUACUAAUGACUCCGUGGCUGGCUGUGACCCACAGGGAAAUCAGGUGCAAGCAUGUGUGUUCCUGGAUGCGUUGUGUGGGUGUGCUGGGGGUAGUGGGUAGAGAGAAAGAGAAGAAACUGCUUUGAAAUACGCAAUGAUUUCAUUCUUCCUUGCUGCCCACCCCCUCACUCUCCCUUCCCUCCCACCCGCCUGCCUCCUAGCUUUGCCAUUUUAAUCGGGCUUCCUUGUUUCUUUUUUCCCUGCAUCCUGCUUUCUUCCUCUGUCCCUCACUCCAGGUUUGCCUGUAGGUACCUGAGCUGACAUCGAAGGUGCUUAAAAAUGCUGAGCGGCGUCUGGUUCCUCAGUGUGUUCACAGUGGUCGGGAUCUUACAGAUCGAGAGUCGCAAAACUGCCAAAGACAUUUGCAAGAUCCGCUGUUUGUGCGAAGAGAAGGAAAACGUACUGAACAUUAACUGUGAAAACAAAGGAUUUACAACUGUCAGUUUGCUUCAACCCCCCCAGUAUCGCAUCUAUCAGCUGUUUCUGAACGGAAACCUCUUGACCAGACUGUAUCCAAAUGAGUUUGUUAAUUACUCAAAUGCGGUGACUCUUCAUCUAGGUAACAAUGGGUUGCAGGAGAUCCGACCUGGGGCAUUUAGCGGUCUGAAAACUCUCAAGAGACUGCACCUCAACAACAACAAACUGGAGGUAUUGCGAGAGGACACUUUUCUAGGCCUAGAGAGUCUGGAGUACCUCCAAGCUGACUACAAUUACAUCAGCACCAUCGAGGCAGGGGCAUUCAGCAAACUGAAUAAGCUCAAAGUACUCAUCUUGAAUGACAACCUUUUGCUGUCUCUGCCUAGUAAUGUGUUUCGGUUUGUCCUGCUGACUCAUUUAGACCUGAGGGGGAACAGGUUGAAAGUAAUGCCUUUUGCUGGUGUCCUUGAACAUAUUGGAGGAAUCAUGGAAAUUCAGCUGGAAGAAAACCCAUGGAAUUGCACCUGUGACUUACUUCCUCUCAAGGCAUGGCUGGACACCAUUACUGUUUUUGUAGGGGAGAUUGUCUGUGAAACUCCUUUCAGGUUACAUGGGAAAGAUGUGACCCAGCUGACCAGACAAGACCUCUGUCCCAGAAAAAGUGCAAGUGGUGACUCUAGUCAGAGGAGCAGCCAUUCAGACACACAUGUCCAAAGGCUGUCCCCUACAAUGAAUCCUGCUCUCAACCCAACCAGGGCUCCAAAAGCCAGCCGGCCACCCAAAAUGAGAAAUCGUCCAACUCCCCGAGUGACUGUGUCAAAAGACCGGCAGAGCUUUGGCCCAAUCAUGGUGUACCAGACCAAGUCCCCCGUGGCCCUCACCUGUCCCAGCAGCUGUGUCUGUACCUCUCAGAGCUCAGACAAUGGUCUAAAUGUUAACUGCCAAGAAAGGAAGUUCACUAACAUCUCUGACCUACAGCCCAAACCUACCAGUCCAAAGAAACUCUACCUGACAGGGAACUAUCUCCAAACAGUCUAUAAGAAUGACCUCUUAGAAUACACUUCACUGGAUUUGUUGCAUUUAGGAAACAACAGGAUUGCAGUCAUCCAAGAAGGUGCCUUUACAAACCUGACCAGUUUACGAAGACUUUAUCUAAAUGGCAAUUACCUUGAAGUGCUGUAUCCUUCUAUGUUUGAUGGACUGCAGAGCUUGCAGUAUCUCUAUUUAGAGUAUAAUGUCAUUAAGGAAAUUAAGCCUCUGACCUUUGAUGCUUUGAUUAACCUCCAGCUCCUGUUUCUGAAUAACAACCUGCUGAGGUCCUUACCUGAUAAUAUAUUUGGGGGCACAGCCCUCACCAGGCUGAAUCUGAGGAACAAUCAUUUUUCUCACCUGCCUGUGAAAGGGGUCCUGGACCAGCUUCCUGCUUUUAUCCAGAUAGAUCUGCAAGAGAACCCAUGGGACUGCACCUGUGACAUCAUGGGGCUUAAGGACUGGACCGAACAUGCCAAUUCUCCUGUCAUCAUCAAUGAGGUGACUUGUGAAUCUCCCGCUAAGCAUGCAGGGGAGAUACUGAAAUUCCUGGGAAGGGAGGCUAUUUGCCCAGAUAAUCCUAACCUGUCAGAUGGGACUGUUUUAUCAAUGAAUCACAACACAGACACACCUAGAUCACUUAGUGUGUCUCCUAGUUCUUACCCCGAACUACACACUGAAGUUCCACUCUCCGUCUUAAUUUUAGGAUUGCUUGUGGUUUUUAUCCUGUCUGUCUGUUUUGGGGCGGGGUUGUUCGUCUUUGUCCUGAAGCGUCGAAAGGGAGUGCCAAGUGUUCCCAGGAAUGCCACCAACUUAGAUGUAAGUUCCUUCCAGUUACAAUAUGGGUCUUACAACACCGAAACUAAUGAUAAAACUGAUGGCCACGUCUAUAACUACAUUCCCCCACCUGUGGGUCAGAUGUGCCAAAACCCCAUCUACAUGCAGAAGGAAGGAGACCCAGUAGCCUAUUACCGAAACCUUCAGGAUUUCAGCUAUGGCAACCUGGAGGAAAAAAAAGAAGAACCUGCCACACUUGCUUACACAAUAAGUGCCACUGAGUUGCUAGAAAAACAGGCCACACCAAGAGAGCCUGAGCUGCUGUAUCAGAAUAUCGCCGAGCGAGCUAAGGAACUUCCCAGUGCAGGCCUAGUCCACUAUAACUUUUGUACCUUACCUAAAAGGCAGUUUGCCCCUUCAUAUGAAUCUCGACGCCAAAACCAAGACAGAAUCAAUAAAACCGUUUUAUAUGGGACUCCCAGAAAAUGCUUUGUGGGGCAGUCAAAGCCAGACCACCCUUUACUGCAAGCUAAGCCGCAAUCUGAACCAGACUACCUCGAAGUUCUGGAAAAACAAACUGCAAUCAGUCAGCUGUGAAGGGAAACCAUUUGCAAUCCUAUAGCAUCAAAGGAUGCAGCUCCAGACUGUUGGAAAGGCUGCCUUUGCUUUUGUUGUGUCCUCCCUUCCCCAGUGCUAAUGGGAGACUGAAAGCCUUUGGGAGAUGGGGUGAAGCAAUGAUACUGCUCUUGCAAGCUUUCCUUUAAAUUAUUUCUCUCUCGCUCUCCCACCCCCCUUCCCCCUUCUCUUCUUAGAGACCAUCAGAGAACAUGAAUGUUUCUACAAUGCAUUUUUUUCAUAUAUUUUUGCUUAAGUUUUGUUUCUGUUUUCUUUUUCUUUUUUCUUUUUCCAGUGUGGGAGUGAAAAGAAAUGACAGUGAAUGAAGGAAUAGUAGGCAAAGUUUUCAAAUGAAAAUGUUUUGUAGAAGAUCUCCAAAGAUCUUUUGGGACUACAACAUUUUUUUUUU